UUUAUUUAAUUUCGCUGUGAAAAAGUGACGAAUUAGUUUUUCAAUUGAUACCAAUUUUCACGAAAUUUGUGUAAUUUUUAUUAUUCAAAGGAAACUGCAUAAAUUGCUGAUUUGAAAAAAAAGGAAUUACAAAGUGAAUUAAAAAAAUAUAAAUCUAUAUUAAAUAAUAUAAAUAAGAAAAGUACGGUUAAAUAAAUAAAAACAAAAUGGCAGAAGGUGGUAAUCGAAGAAUUUUGGUCAAUGUUAAAACACCAAAAGAUAAAAAAGUCAUUGAAAUCGAUGAAGAUUCUGGAAUUAAGGAUUUCAAAGCCAUGGUGGCAGAAAAAUUCGAAGCCGAACCUGAGCAAUUGGUGUUAAUUUUUGCCGGUAAAAUUAUGAAAGACACAGACACCUUGCAGACACACAACAUUAAGGAUGGUUUAACUGUGCAUUUGGUGAUUAAGGCUAAGACUCGUUCUAAUGAAUCUGCCCAACGUCCACCCGCUGAUGUUAGACAAACUCCAUUUGGUCUUAAUACUAUGGGUGGUCUGUCGGGUGUAGAAGCUUUGGGAGCCGGUUCUGGUUCUUUUAUGGAUUUGCAGGCACGCAUGCAAAAUGAAUUGCUUAACAAUGGCGAUAUGUUGCGUACUAUGUUGGAUAAUCCUUUGGUCCAACAAAUGAUGAAUAAUCCAGAUGUUAUGCGUCAGUUGAUUACUUCAAAUCCUCAAAUGCAGGAUUUAAUGCAACGCAAUCCAGAAAUAUCUCAUAUGUUGAAUAAUCCUGAAUUGUUGCGUCAAACUAUGGAAUUGGCACGUAAUCCAUCGAUGUUGCAAGAGUUAAUGCGUUCACAUGAUCGCGCUUUAUCUAAUUUGGAAUCGGUGCCUGGUGGUUAUAAUGCUUUGCAACGCAUUUAUCGUGAUAUUCAGGAACCCAUGAUGAAUGCUGCCACCGAAUCGUUGUCACGCAAUCCCUUUGCUGGUCUCGUAGAUAAUGGUGGUGGUAACAAUCCACAAAUGGGUACUGAAAAUCGUGAGCCUCUUCCCAAUCCUUGGGGAGGUCGUGGUAAUGCAAGUGGUACUGGUGCAGCUGGAGCUAAUCCCGAUCUACCACCCCGUGGCGUACUCAACACUCCUGCCAUGCAAAGUCUUAUGCAACAAAUGGCCGAAAAUCCUUCAUUGAUGCAAAAUCUUCUAAAUGCACCCUAUACACGAUCAAUGUUCGAUGCUAUGAAUCAGGAUCCUGAUAUGGCAUCACGUCUCUUAAGCACCAGCCCAUUGCUGGCCAAUAAUCCACAAUUACAGGAGCAAGUACGAAAUAUGAUGCCACAAUUUUUGGCACAAAUGCAAAAUCCCGAAGUUAUGAACAUGUUAACUAAUCCCGAGGCCAUUAAUGCCAUAAUGCAAAUACAACAGGGUAUGGAACAAUUAAGAUCAGCUGCUCCCGGUUUAGUGGGUUCAUUGGGUGUGCCACCUCCACCACCAGGCAAUACUAAUAUUGAUACGAAUACAACAAAUACCACAACUAAUACAUCGGCCGAUAGUAAUCCUACAUUAGCACCCGGUGGUGGACCAAAUGCACAAUUGUUUAAUGAUUUUAUGACUCGUAUGUUAAAUGGUAUGACUACUACGGCCGAUAAUACCCAACCACCAGAAGUACGCUAUCAAUCACAAUUGGAACAAUUAGCCGCCAUGGGUUUCGGUAAUCGUGAAGCUAAUUUACAAGCACUUAUUGCAACAUUUGGCGAUAUAAAUGCAGCUGUUGAGCGAUUGCUAUCGUUAAAUCAAUUAUCUUUAAGUUAACAUACCUAAACCCCGUUCGAUUUGUAUGUGUGUGUUUUUUUCUUCUUUAUCUUCUUAUUUUAUAAAUAUAAACCUAACUAUAUAAUACCAUUAUAUAUAUAAAACAACAACAAAAUAAAAACCGAAACAAAAAACAACAAAAGAAAUAUACAACUUGGAUUGAGGUAAAACUAUUUUAAAAAAAAACAAAAUAUUAGAAAAGUUUGUUAAAAACAACAAAAAAAAUUAUAAAAAAAAUAAAACGACGUUAAUUUAAAUUCGUGGCAUUAAAUUACAGAUUUAGAAAAACAUAAUUUGUUUGGAAAAUCUUCAACCCAAAACCUUUAAAUCUGUGCUCAUUUGAUCUAACGUUUCUUUUGACAGCAAAACAAAAAAAAAAACAAUAAAAACUUAAUUUAUUAUUAAGUAAUGGGUUAAAAUUGUGUGUAUUUUUUAAGUUUACAUUAUAUUUUAAAAAAACAGAGUUUAGAGUUUUUCUUAAAUGUAAAAAAGUAAAAGAACAAAAUUGUUUAUUUAAAAAAGAGAAAAAAAUAGAUGUUGUAGGUAUUUUUUUCCUAAAUCAAACUGUAACUUACCAUUUCCAAAUUAUUUUAUUCCAAAUAAAAGUUUACUGUUACUUUAA